UUUAGCAGGCACCCACUAGUGAGACUGAUUGUACGGUAAAAGAACACUUAGCGGACGCUGGCAGUAUCGGUAGUGCUAGUCCGAAUAAUACUCCCCACUCCAAUGAAUUGGUUGCGCAAUCUGACUCUACUGGCGCUCCCGGUCGAGUCGGUUGUAUGGAACCAAUCGUUGGCAGUAAUAGCUAUCAGUCUCAAGCGAAGACCAUCGAUAACGCCAAUGAAACUAAUGACGGUGGCGUUCGACUGUUCAAAGUAAGUGAUUAUAGCGUGGAGAGAUUCAAUCGAUUUCUCGAUAAACUAGAUAGAAGUAAUUUUUUAAUUAAAUCUAACUUUAAAAAAUCUUACUCACUAAUAUUGACAAGGUCGAAUAGGGUGGGCCCAGGCGAGCACAGCUCGACUGUUGCAUCUCCAACCAAAGAUUGUAACAAUGAUAGUAAUAAUAACGGAUGCAAUGCCAUUGCGGAAGCGACUGCCAAUGUGGAAAGCGUGGGGCGGAUGAAAAAGGGAAAUUUAAUUAAGGCUAACUCUAGCAGUGGCAUCUAUCAUCUGAAUGGGAAGCCACUCGAACAGCUAGUCAGGCAGUCGGAAAAGAAACGGAAGCUGUCGGAGACACAUGAUUUCAAUCCUAUCGGUGACACCGGAAACCAGCACGAUGUGCCUGCUGAGCUCAAGCAAACGGAAGUGGAAGGGGUGAACGGAAGAACGGCGGAAGUGUUCAAUAAUUACAAUAGCAAAAGUUUAUCGUCGUCACACUGCGGUGAAGGAGGUAGAGAUAACAACAACGAUAGCGAUGAAUUUUGUCGGUCGGAAAUAUUCGAUAACGACUCGAUAGUCCCCGAGGGUCGACCAGAGUUUGUCGUUAAUGAUCUUAGUGAGGGUAUAGCUAGCUGGGAAGAUGCUAGUCAGAAUCCGGCAAGAAAGAUGGAAAACAAUUAUGAAAACAUGCAUCGGUAUAGCAGCAACACCCUAAGCCGCUACUCCAGGAAAAACAUUCGAAGGAAAUCCAAUAUUUCGUACCGAAAUCGUCGUCAGGAGGGCAAUAACGGUCAACCGUGCCUAUCGAACGAGGAUCAUGGAAUAGUGAGUACAAGUAGCAGUAACAGCAAUGAUGCAAGAAGUAAAAGUGCCAUACCUACACGCUUUUUCAAACGCCAGGAUUAUGCUCAGCCAGAGCUUGAUUUCCCCUCGGAUUACUCAGAGCCUAGCUGCGAAGCAAGGACAGUAAGCAAGUGUGGAUCGAAACUGAGCACCGAUUUGUUCCGUUUUCCGUUCGGCCCACGCAAGAAUCCGGAUAAGGUACCCCAGUUGAAAAAUAUAAAUCUUAAUUUCCCCAAUAAAACUACCCACUUUGAAGAACGAGCACAAACGUUAAUACCGCAGCCCCAUCUGGUGUUGCUCCCACCGCAAUGGCAAAGGAACGAACGUAAAUAUUUUACCAAAGCCAAAACACAAAUCUUAAAGUUGGGCCAGAAAUGUAGACUUCUUGGCGGUGGCACAAAAGACAAGAAAAAUCACCACAUUAGUUCCUACAAUUUGGAUGACUUGAUAAAAGCCACUCACAAGUACGAGGAAAAUGAAAAGUCCAGCCUCAGUAACAAAACUGUAUAUAAGAGCUACAAGUCUGAACUGGAUCUAACGAAAAACCUAACCUAUCUGGAUACGUUCCUGAAUGAAACAUUUGACAACGACCAACAAGAGCAAAAACUACGGGCUGCUCAAAGACCACUGCCAUCUCGGCACGGGGGGCAUAAGCGCGCAAAAUCCUGUUCCAAAACUCUAGACCAGAUGUUGAUGACAGCAUCAACCACAACCGCACCAUUGCUGAUGCCACAGGCUAAUAACGCACGAACGCAGAAUCUCAUUCUGCCAAAUGACGCAUGGAGUGGACGUAAAAAAGUCAACAGUGAGCAGCUUAAAAAUAACACCAUCGCAACCACCACCAGUAGAACUAAUAAAACGAAAUUAGCUAGUCUUAUGAAAAUGGAAAAUGACUUCAGCUCUCGGGACCUUCUCGACGAUGCACGUCCCGCGACUUGCGAAAAGAGUGGCAAGAGUAAUACCACUUCUAGCUCGCUCAGUAGCAGCGACUAUGCUUCCGUUUACAGUGCACCUUCGUCUAGCGCCGGUGGCAAUAACUCAAGUGGCAAUAAAAUGCAAAAAUUGAAGCUGAUUCGUUCGCCAGAGGAAACACUCCGGUGUUACCAGCAAGAUGCUGUCGAGUACUCUUCAAGACGUCACUCAAAGGGCAAAAUCAACAACAGAACCGAAGCAAACGAAGGCAAUCCAAACCUGUUGCCACUAGACGAUGCCAGUCACUAUUCACUGCAUGCCAAUAAUGGAAUUCAGCCGAAUCAUAACAGUUUCCCCGAACGACGUGCGUUCGGCGGUGAAGCUUUGCAAAAACAGGACCAAAAAGGCGCUCCGAAUGAUUUUCAUAACGCAUCAAUUCUACAGCAGCUGCCUCGAACGCUUAGAGGAGGUGAAGUGUUUCGCAGAAAUUUUUAUCCUGAUUUAUCUCCACGCCAUCCGGGCACACGUGAAUCACGGCUUCACAAGCAGCAAAACAAUCAUCAUCGGCACCAACAUCGAAGCCACCAGCGGCAGUCACCACUUGAGGCUCAUUUAACAUAUCAAGAGGAUUAUCUGGAGCACUAUCAAAACACAAGAGCAGCAGUACUAGUGGGUUUGAACACGAGGCUCUCACUCAACAGUGGAGGCAGCUCAGCAACCAACGAGAGCAAUUGUGAUUCCUCGCAGGAAUAUUUUCCAAAUCAAUCAUUUCAUUACGGUAACGCAGUUCUCGAUAGUGGAACUUUUCGAAACAAUAUUUCCGCUAACGAACAAAAUACUGACGAUGAUGGAGAUGAUGAUGACAUCGAACAUAAUGAGGACGACGAUUCUGCUGCCCCCUUGGACGAUGACGAUGGUGAUGAUGAUGAUGAUGAUGAUGAUGAUGAUGACGACAACGACGACGACGACGAUGAUGACGAUGAUAAUGGUGAUGUUGAGGGUGGUAUUGGUGGUGGCAAAAUUGCGCAAGAUGUCAGUGUCAACCACAACUUUAACGAGCUAGGAGUGGUGAGGAAUCGGGCGCACAGCUUCACAAACGAUUUCCAUCAGAAAGAUUUACUGACAAGCUCCCGGUUGUUCAGCCGCACCACUGCUAAGCUCUCCCAGGCGAGCGGAAAUGCUAAUCCUACUUUCCUCGGUGGGUACGGCCCACACCGGGUAAUCGUCUCUAAAUCGCACAAACAACGCGGUGAGCUUGUGCUUGAAUAUGAGUGUUAGCAGGACCAUAAACUUUUCCACCUAUACAGACUACGAACAUAUCGGUACGAAUCCACCGUACUUUGGCGUCCUCUGGUGCCAAAAGCGUUCCUCCGCCUGGAUGCUACUAUAUAUCACAACGCGUAACAAACAAAAACUCCCCCAGUCUACGGGACAAAGAUGGAAAUCGAUUUCAACAUGUGGAACAUGAUGUGGUAACGACAAUAACUAGCACGUAAGACUAAAUAAACUAACGAUCGAAACAGUCUAUAGCCGGUAAGAUAGUUAUCCCAAAGAUUGGCGAGUAAAUAGAGUUCUAUAAUUGAUAAAUGAAUGUGUACGUUUGUAAAUAAGCUCAACGGAUUUAUCUUCACCGAGAUAAGGUUUUCCGGAAGGUUGCAGGUUGUUUAAGAUAUGAAUUUUAUAUCGUUACGAUGAAGUUUGUUUGUAAAGUUUAAUUACUUUCUUAAGCGCAAGCAGUAGAAGCACGCUGCCGAGCAGCCAUUGCUGAAAGCACUCUCAACGGUAAUGAUAAAUAAUCAACUGACCAGGAAAAUGAAAUUUCAUCUUUCCUAGUAGCCGAUAUUCCAUCAGACAUUCACGUUUUCUCAAAGUGCAUAUACAGCGAAUUUCGCUUCAAUGAUUUAGAAGAUGUGUAAAAUCUUCCGAAUUGAAUAUCCGUUCUCCGUUGUGUGUGUAGGUAUUUGUUUUCAAAGAAUUUAAUAAUUGUAAAACAACUGCUUUUAACCACAAUUCUUUCCAUCAUCAUUAGAUAGUUCAGCUUUGACACAUGGAAAACAAAUAUUUUCGGUAGGAUGAAGAAGAAAAGUAAACAGAGUAUCCCGGAGGGAUUCAUUUAAAGGGAUAUGCUGAAAUUUUCUCGAUUAAAUGCUCUAAGCUAAAUAAAGUAUAGAUCAGCUUAUUUCGUUCCUGAUACCACAUAAGCAAACGAGUUCUUCAAGUUCGCAUACCAUUGAUUCAUGAGUAGUUUCGACUUUUGAAGGCAUUCCUUAACUUAAAGGGUCGCUUCGUAUCAUGCUUUUUCAUUUACUUGUAUGAGUGAAAGGAAUUUAUUCCGUCCGGAUUUUUUCUCAGACCUAAACUGUCUAACAAACCUGCUCAAGGAUCAAUCUAAGCUGAUCAAAUCUUACCGUUUAUUACUAUUAUUAUUUAUUUAUUGCACUGAUAUUAAUCACGUGAAUUUUACUUGAUUUGAAAUCAAAUAAUGCUACGAAAUUUAGAAUAUAAUAGUGAAACGAAAUUUUAGGCUCCUUUUGCUGUUGUACGGCAAAACAUAUCAAAUGACAUCGAAUCCUUAACCAUGUACGAGCAAAACAAGUGACAAAUCGAUUGGCGCAAAAACGAAUUCGGAUUGUAGAAGACGGCAGCUUCUCCAUAAUGUGCCAUUUGAUGGAGGCGCAAGUAUAUUGUCUGUUACUAUGUUUUAAUUGCCGCAAGCUUCUACUCUAUCGAUUUUGUUGAUUAUUUUCGGCAAAUUUGAGACUAAGAGAAACGAAUGCAAUGAAAUUGAAAGACGGAUAGGUGUUCUAGAGCGAAUCAGUUAUAAACUUAGAACGGAAAACUAGGACUAGGCAGGCUCAUAAGGACAUGAUCGAAAGGAAACGUGAAGAAUCCUUUGCCUUCUGCUAAGUAGGAGUUGGGCGUUGCACCCAAGUCUACCGCAUGGUCUGUGGUAGAACAUAACUCAUCAUCAUGUUUUACCGCCGACGCCAGCUAAAAAUUCUUCACAAAUCCACGGGGAGAAGAAUGAUCGCUUCUUCGUUCUAGGCGAGAUAACCAUAGAUUCAUAGACGUAGUAAUACGAUGAAAGGAGGGGAGGAAGAGUGGCAAGGAAGAGGGGAAGAGGGUUAUAUACUUACACAGAAAUAUAGUCGAACUGAAAUAUUUUUUUUUUUGAAAUUCGUUUAUUUGGCACGGCUCAAGGCGUUAGCUUCACGGAGCCGUGGGUCUUUUAAAUAUUUACAUGAUGUGAACAUUAAAAAUAAUAAACAAUAAAUGCUAAGAUCGAUCCCGUACGCGCGACUUGCCAUUGCGCGCGGAGAUCCGUCUUCGUGUCGGGGAAAUAUUUGCAUCCACGUAUCAUGGAGGUCAUUCAUAUCUCUAUCAUCGUCGCACAUGUCCGAGUUAUCAUUGGGGUUACUGCCUUGAUGUUCGCGAUCAGGUGUUGUUCCUAACUGCCUUCCCUUUCGGUUCACGAGAGUGAACCCUUUGCUAGUAGCUCCCUCAUUGCUGGUAUUAGCUGUUGAGAUUUUUGGUAUUUCUUUCUGUAGAAGAGCUUUUCUUAGCGGUUUCUGGGCUGGGUUGUCCGUAAUGUGCCGUUUGUUCACAGAACUGGCACGUGUUAGUUUGUCCUUGAUAUGUACAUAGAGUUCGCUGUAUUAUGGUAUCACCCCCUUCUGUUGUAUACUGCAGGGUAAGGUAGGAGGGAAUGGGUUGGUUUACCCGCCUUCUCACCACAAAAACACCAUUUGAAAUACCUGGAAAGUACUUCCUCCACUUAUCCUCCGUAAUGUUUUCCACUUCUCCGAAAUACGACAUGAAUCUUUUAAUGGCUACUUUGCAAGUACGUGAUGCCAAAUCAUGUAAUUUAACUUCCACGUUUCCGUUAUCCAUAUACACAGGGAUCUUGAUUUUAGCGGUGUCACAAUCCAGCACGUGUUUCAAGUUGUUUUGCGAAAUGAAUCUUUUCGCCUGGGCGAAUUUGUUGAACGUUAUCAACACCGCGUGCCUGACGUGCUCCAACUGGAUGAAGCUGACAUCCGAAAACCGAAGUUGCAUUUUCACCUUCAGCAAAUGUUCCACAUCACCAAUACUCGGUCUUAUGCGGAAAGACCGGAAGUCAAUGGCCACCGUGUUAGCCCGAAGCCCGAACAUUUUGUUGAUGAGACUCAGUCAUCUUGAUAGAGCACCAUACAAGAAUAAUAGUUACGGUUCCCUUUGUUCUUUAGACAAAGCACACAAGAAAAAAGUAACUGUUUGCGCUGGCUUGGGUAGCAGCAGAGAGUACACUGGUAUUGUGACCAGAGUUAAAAAUAAUCGAAGCUCUUUUUUGACGGCUGAAAAUGAACCUGGCGCGACUCGCGGUGAAUAGAAAAAAUAUUCAUUCAAAUAUCCAUCCUUAUUCAUUCAGUUGAAUAUCCUUCAGUAUAUUCAUUUCACUAAUUAUCUAGGAAAAUGUUUUCAAAUGCCGGUAAAGCAUAUGGAACAACAAUCAUCAUCGCUUACAUUAUGCCAGGGCCUACUUUGAUGCGUUUGAUUCGUUGCUGCGCGGUCGCUUCGUGUAAUAAUCGGAGACGAAUGAAAAUUUGCAUGGAUGAAUGGGCGGUUUGUUCGUUUGACGUUUUCAGCUGCGUCACUGAAUAUUGAAAAUGAAUGCGGCUGAAUAUGAUCAAUUUUCAUUCAAUGAAUUUGAAUAUUUUUAACUCUGAUUGUGACUGAUGCCUUUGGUGGUUGAGAAUAGACUGAACUGAAAUAAUUGAAAUAUUAUCGAGUUAGUUUGUUCAUGUGAAUUAUCUGAACUCAUUUGUUCAAUCUCUUGAGUGCUGUAGAAUAGAAAAAUAGCGGUAAAUAAAUGAUAUCGCUCUUUUUAAUGCAGUUGGAUCAUCAUGAUGUGGCUUCAAACUAAUUGCGAUAUGGUGAGAAGCUAAUUUCCGAUUCCAACAAGAAAUCACAUUAAACAGCAAUAUUUGUUUCAACUGAUCUAACAGCAUCGAAAAGAUCAUCCUAUUAAAUCAUAACAGCAAACAUUUAUGAAUAAUUCAACUGAACGUACCAGCUCCAUAAAAUUUCAUACAAACCCUAAUUCUGCUUAUGUGUAUAACCUUCCUCCCCUCUCCACCAACCCUUUCAUCAUCUAACUAGGGAUUGCGCUAGGCCGCGGGAAAACCAAUCGACUCCAAAUAUUUUGCUAAGUUGUUUGUGACCACAAAUGGAACCGAAAAAGAUUUGUUCUGGCUUGAUGCGGUCCAGUUUACUUUUUUCCAUACAACUACGCCCUACCCUAAUAAAUAUACUUGGGUUAGAGCCCCCAGUAUUUCAAGAAAGCUCGUUUACACUAAACGAAUACCACACAUAUUCUUCAAAUAUUUGAUAUCGAUGUAGUAGAUCAAUAAACCUAGGUGUCAAGAGCUACCUCAUCAUACUUGUUCUGUGACUAACAUUGCAAAAUUAAAGAAUUGCAAAGGGUGAGCUCAGCCUGUGUUCGAAUAUUGGUAUUUUGUUUGGAUUCACUGAUAAUUCAAGCUGAAGUACAACAAAUUAUACGGCAUACUGCAUCAAACUUAAAAGCGAAUCAGCGAAACAAUAUGCCGGAAAUUCAUUAAGUUUUCUCAACAAGCCUUCAGCGACAAGAUUCCAUAAAAGCGGUAAUAGCUCACUACCUAGAGGAGAAAACUGAAUGUUUAACAGUUUUUGUAAUCUAUGUUUAACUUUUCGGUGAGCAAAUUUGUCGGAUGCUAAGCAUGGCGUGUAUUCAGUUAAUGAUAUAUUAUAUAUGAUCCUUGUACGGCUUCCAAAAUUUAUUGAAAAUACCGCCAAAAUCAAAGAAAUUACUUAGCCAAAUUGAUUUUGCAACAAUACCUCUUCAAUAUUACAUACAACAUUGUGCAACAGGGUGGUAGUAGAUUUCUCCCGCUGAUAUGCAUGAUACAUAGCAUAAAGUGGAAGUUCUACAAAGCAAACCGGAAUGAAAUGACCGACAAUUCGUUCCACUGUCUUGAGAAGGAAGAAGUUAAGACCAAUAGUCCUAAAGCAUGCGACCACCUUUGGGAAUAAAUUUUUCCGCCAUGUUCUACCUCUCUAGCUCAAUUAAUGAUGAAAUAAGAUUGAAAGAACGCUCUCAAUUGUAGUCUUAAAAGAGGUACUUCAAAAUACGUUUUGAGUGUUCUUAUCUUCCAUGAAAUAAAACUGGAAAAUAAAAUUACUUCACGAAGCAAAAUGUGGUUCAUUGGCUCCAUCAAGUUUGGUGCAUUGGUGCAAAGUGUUGGGGUAACUCUCGACUCAAAACUCAAUUGGUUUACACACAUUGAUUUCAGAAUUAAGAAAAUGGCUUUCGAACAACACAGACGAGAUUUGGCGCAUUGAUGGGAACUCAAUCUUAAGAAUCAGGAAUCAGUAGCCACUAGCUCAAAUGGCACGUUGCCAUGUUGAUCGGAGAUAUGUGUCUUGCUGUGAUAUGCUUUUCAACAUUUUUUUGUUGGAAAUGAUUGGUGAAGUGUAGAGGUUAAGGAUAAGUAAAUUAAGACGCAGAUGACAUAGACAACACGGAAGUAUUCUUCACUUCAAACCUCUCGAUAAACGGAUAUACCAAAACUCUCAAGAUAAUAUUGAGAUAACAGAACGACAACACUCCGAAGAGAUAUUGUCAUUCAAAUUCGGCUUAAACCGUUUAUAGGUUUAUAAACUUUCUCCGUGACUUUUUGGAAGCAAUAGUUCAGUUUAUAACCCUUUUUCGUCAGAAAUUCCAGAGAUCGGGAAUCGUCACUGCAAAAAUACUGCUUAUUAUCUCUGUAAUUGACUUGGUUUUCAGAACUUCCUAAUAAACUGACCGCGAACAACGAUUAUGGAAAUCUAGUCUCAUCAAAAUAUCAGAACAUUCCAAACAUUCCUUGGGAUUCCACAAAAUGCAAACGAAUACCUUAUUCUGGUUAAGGUUAUAUGGCUCGUCAAUAAAACUGAAGUCCUCUGCCCUUCCACUUAUCUACUCCAAUUUCUGUUUCAGCCAGGUACAGCUUUGUUCGUUAUCCGGAGAGAACCAAACAAUAGCUCCAUACCUCAAGCCAAACCCAUUGAAACUGGAGAUAAAAGAGUCCCCUCCUUCUGAAAAAAAACCCAUUGAGAUCUUUUAACAGAUCUUCAGAGCAAUCGAAAUGUGACGUUUCUCCAACCUUGCUUCCAUUCCAUAAGUAUUGAGACUCGAAGACUCUAUACAAUGAGCCGAUUUCUUUGGUCGAGAGAGUACCUCUGCCAUUGCGCUUUUCAACUUUGAUUUUUAUCAAAAAUUUGACCCAUUUUUAAAGGAUUAGAUAAAGUACGCUUCUCCCAACUGUCAGUAUUCACAACUGAUGUUGUGAUAAGUGACUCAAUUUUCGAUUCACCCAAAAAUUUAAAAAGGUAUGAAAAUGAUCUGCAUGCAUCAAUGGUUUGAUCAAAAAGAGUCUAGCAAGGUCCACACAUUGAAUCCAAUUUUGUACUAUCACUUAUUAAAAAUUAAAUUAUUGCACAGUUACACUGCAAGAGGCUGUUACAUCUAUGCGUUUAAAUGAUCAAAGACGAUGUACUUAUGAUCAGAUAACGAUAGUUGACCCGCUCAUGCUUAACACCGUAAGAUCAGAGAGCUACAUCUAACGCUUCUUCUCUGCCAGAGCAUGCAAGGGAUUUCCUAAAUUAAGUAUAUGACGAUUUGUGCUACUUAAGUUCAUCUAAGACAUACUUAAGACAUCAAUUCGGUGUCUCUCAAAUUGAUAUCUUAACUGCCCCAAAUUAUGUGGUGGACAUUUGCAUGAUCACCGAUUAAAGGGUGUCCCACAUCAAUUUGCAUCACGGAAAAAGCGCUGUAGAAAAUUACCUAAUGGACCGAUCCUUUUCAAACUUUCAGACAAGAGCAGAAAUUUCAUCAAAUACCUCAUGCAAAUGAUAAGCGAUUUUCUGCAUUGAGUAUAUGCAGCUUCGCACUACUCCAUCAAUUCAGAGAAUCUUAUCUAUCUGAGCAACACUAAUUGAUGUGACCAGUUUUCGCAAAUUAUGAGUCGAAACCCAUUUUUUCUACAGUACGAUUCGACCCUUUUUAAACCAUCACAACGUGGAUUAAAUGUCGUGAACAACGCGUUAAAUAUCGAACAAUAAACGUUUGUCGUGUCUAUGUUAACAAUAAUCCGAUUGACUGUGGGUUGUAAGUUGUAAUACAAGGCAUACUUCAAAGAACUAUUUGCAAUUAUUCUUGCACGUGGCAGAUAAGUUUAGUAACUUCCCAAGGUUGGAGAUUCGUUUUUAGAAAUAUGAUUUGUGAAUCAAUAGUCUUAAAGCUAAUAGUUGCUGUUUAUAUCUACUAGAUUUUAUAUUAGGUUACUAAAGCUAUUGUUCAUCAGAGCUAUAUACAUUUUACACCCUGCACUUAUAGUGCAAUAGCUAAAGAAUACCAAACACGUUUAAAAUAGUCUACCGUGGACCUUGAUUAAUGAGGGACUAUCAUUUGUUUCCCACGUUUGACACUACAAGGACAAGAACAGUGAUAUUUCUUACGUGCUUUAGUCCCUCCAGUCAUUCACACUUCUGUAGAGCUACAUCUUGACUUAGGGAUUCCUUUUUACGUCUUCCACGACAUGCGAGGAAAAACUCAGUAGAUCAAUUGGAUCACAUGAAGAUUUCUAGGCUGGUUUUGUCCGGAGAAAAAUAAUAGAGUGUAUAACCUCAAAACAAUUUACAUACAUAUCAAAUCACAAGUCGUUUGUCGAGGAGGAAACUUUGACUACACAAUCCUCUUGCGUCUCCAUUAAUCUCCAUCUGCUGGAGGCCCAAGUAUAUUGUGUAAAAUCAUCUCAAUUUGAGAUUUAAUUUCAUCAAUAUUUUGCUGAUUUCAAGAAAAAUAUUUUGAAAUACUGGGAAUAUCUGAAAGCAAAUAAUGAAAAACCUCGUAAUGAUUUCUGGUCAGUGGAAUUAUCUAUCAAUUACCGUUUUGAGCUCUCCCACUAGGGAAAAAAAUGACACGCUGCUAUCAAUUAAUUAGUACUUUUUAACGUCAACAGUCGGAACUGUACGAGCAUCAAUCAGCCAUUUGUAGCCAAGAUUUCCAAUCGCGAAGCAUUGCUUUCAGCUAACGAAAAAGUGCCAGAAGAAACCCAUAAAAAAUAAUGAUGAAAAAGCCAUUAAUCAACCGACCGCACCGCCUCACCACAGCCAAUAAAACAACCAGAGAACGUUGGCACGCGAUAUUCAUCUCUACUAGCGAAUAAAAGCUGAACCUAAAUUGAAGGUGGUUAAUUCCAAGCGGGAGCUUUUAUACUGUUCACCAAGCUUGUCUGACGAAGAGCGAGAGAGAGAGAGUGAAACACGUCAGAACGAAAAAAGGAAUUGCAGAGGAAGCGCACAAAAACGUACAUAUCUCAGGCAAUAAAAAAUAUCUGAGCAGUAGCAGCAGCAAUAUCAUUAGCUGUGUCUGAGUUGGAAUUAAAUAAUUUCUUCGUUUGGAGACGGGAGGACGGUAUCAUUUGGGAGAUACCCACGUUGAUAUCCUGGUAUGGUUACGCCCGACACAACAUGAAUGGGAAGAAAAAUAUAUUACUUACGUGGCUGAUUGAUGUUAAUAAAUGCACACGUAAUUGAAGCUUCCCGUUUUGGGAAUCGAGAUUUCAUUACAAUUAGGUUUUGAUUUAAGUUUUGAUCGCCAAAAGAUUUAUAUCCUCUCCAACAGCUACUAUCACUUGCUUUGAACAGUUCAAUUACCCCGAUUGGGGGGUUUCAGUUAUCAAGUCAUGGAUUACAUUUAGAAAGUAUUCCAAAUGUAUGCUUAACAAAAUGACGAAACAGAUUUCAGCGUGAAACUUGUUUAUUUGAGUUGUUCAAAGAGUAUAUCAGGUUUUAUUUGAUUGUAUCAGUAAGCUAGAGUUUUGUUAAUUUAUUUUAUUUAUAAUUUAGUAUUAUCAAUUUUCAAUAGUUUUUAAGUUAUUUACAACCUCUCACAUCACAUCUUCAUAGCGCUUAUGAAUUUCGAAACCAAUGUACCACUCCAUUAAUAUUAGGACCUUUCAUCUCACUCUCUGAAUGUCACUUUUUUUGUUAUUCUUCGAUAAGAAAAAAAGCUCACUAAUCCAUUCAUCCAUCCACGUCUACUAACCAAUUAAGCAAUCUGUCACAGCCGAAUUAUAUAGUGUCGUACACCCAUAAGAGUGCAGUGCAAUGCAAUCAUACUAAUAAAGGAAAAGCAAAAUGGUUUUCUUUUUGUGUGUUUUUUUAUUUCGUUAUCAUUUCCAUCCUUCGUUUCCGUUUUUUUGUGCAACACUUUUUCCGAUUUAUUUUCCCUUUGCAACCAAUUUAUCCGAUACCCACCACUGCAUCACACACCACCCACAAUUGCCAUCCUUUUUCUUUUUCUGCAAUGUUAUGAGAUCGAUAAAUCUCACCCUGCCUUCCUGCAACCCAUUUCUGUCAUCCGGGGUUUUUCUCCAAAUCCGGUCGAGUUUGGUCUAGUUAGACUGGUUUCUUUUCUCGCAUUUACGUUUUUUCUGAUUUCACGUGUGUUGUGUCACCAUUUUCACGUUUGUUCAUUUCCGUCCGGUAGUAGCGAGCGUGUGCUGGCUGUGCAACCGAGGAGUAUCUUCUUGUGUUUGUGAUUGUGCUCCCCUUCACCACCACCUUCUUUAAUAAUUCUCCUGCUUGCCACCCCGAAUCCUGCUUUCACAAUAUUGUGGAGCAAAUCUACAUACGGAAAACUUAUGUGAUAAGACAACCAAUGCAUAGGCUAGGCAAAUUUCGUUCGUUCGGUACUUGUUCUAUUAUACCCGAGAGCACAAGUUUUUUAACUAAAAAAUCUAGCCGCAACAAAUUCAAAUUUUAUUUGUACUACUUGAAAAAAAAACAGAAUAACAAAAUUUUCCUAGCCUGCAGCAUCCCACUUGCAGAGUGGCAAAAAACCAAUAUCAGAAAACUAGCAGCAAACAAGAACGAAGAGGUACAAACAAAACAAUAAUUGAUAAAAUCGCUUUCAACUCGUUCGCUGUCCCACAAAUCGUAGCAAAAUAAAGAUGCUGUGCAUGGAAAAUUGGAAUAUCAUUUGUGCGCCGGCAGACCAGAAUGCGUAACCGGUAGAUUAUUCAACAGCUUUUUUCUUGAAUACUAGGUCAAAAUUAAACCUCGCAUCUCGUUGGUGCUGAAGAAUGUCGUCGUCGCCGCCGACUCGGUGAAACACCUUGGGUCUCCUCCAGAGUAUGAACGCGCCAAUGUUGGUGCAUAAAAUUGUAUAUAUUGCCAAUGCAUGAAGAUACCGAAUGGCUAUUAAAUGUCGGCCUACGUUGCGUGCCAGCUAUGAAUCUAUCGAAUCUCAUUUUGCUGUCACGUUUUAUUCCAUACUUUUUUAUCCGAGGACAUAAAAUACGAUACCAAGCGAGAACAUUUCGCGGAUUUUCGACGCCAUGCUACAGUGGGCUGGGAACAAUAAGAUUUGCUAAAAAUUUAGCAAUGCAAUAAGCGUGUUUUAUAUGGAAAAUGUAUGGUACGAAAUAAAUCCGGGUAUAAGGAAUUUUUGAUCGAAAAAGCGUUGCUUACAAAAAAAAAAUAUGGCGAAAAGUGUGAGUCUAUUCAGUCAAUUUCUGUACAAUAUUGCAACAUUUAAACUACAUUUUCCUAAAUUUUCAUUGAAAAAUGCUGAAAAUUGGUUGAAUGACAGUGAAUCAUCAGAAAAAAAAGGCGGUGCACGCCAUAACUCAAAAUCCUCUGAACCAAUCGUUCGGAAAUUCUUCUUCACAUCAUUGCUCAGGUAACCAGGUGUUAACCGAUUUGCUAUCAAAAUCUUUUGGGUUGAACUUGCUACAAAAAAUUCAAAAAUCAAGCAAAACAUAAAGCACCCGUAUUUACCUGGGGAAUGUUGUGAAAAAGAACUGUACAAAAUUUCGAAACGAUUGGUCGUUAAUUUUGAGUUUUUUAGUUUUCGACGAUGCGCGUCCGGAGAUUCACUGUCAAUCGUCCAAUUUUCAGUAAUGAAACGUGCAAUGAAAUGAAAAUAUUUUAAAUUACGGCAUUAUUAUAUGGAAAUUGAUGAACACUUUCUGUAAAGCAAUAAAAUAAUUUAAAGUGUAUCUUUAUACCUGAAUUACCCUUACCCUACCCUAAAUAUUUGUAGAACUAGGGAAUUAAUCAACGAGCUGUCAUGUGCCAGUUGAAUCUUAGGCAACAAUGACCAUCUUCAUAGAACACUGAAAAGAGAAAUUAGGAAAAAUAUGUUAUCUAUUUAAUAUUUAUUUUUAUUCAAAAUUGGACACUGACAUACUUCCAUACAUUAUCAAUAUUUUUCAGCCAGUGUUUGUUCUGAUUGUAAGAAUACAAAUUUAAUACCUUUAUGCGCGGCAAUCGCGACAAUUGAUUCAUGUUUUCUAUUGGUGUAAAUAAUGCUAGAUAAUGUUUACGUUGACUUAGUUUUAUUUCGAAGAGCCCUAUUUGGGGUAGUUUCAAGCGUCUUUGCGCACACGUGCAUAUAACUCGGAUCAAGGAUCUGGGUAGGCGCCAAAUCGUUUGAAUUUUGAAGUCCCAUUUCGUGAACAGGGCAAACGAUAGUCCGAGGCCAUCCACUACACGGAAAAUAAUCCGUUUAUAAAUUCAUGAACAAACAAUCACGAUUUCAUGCUUGAACGAUUUACGAAAAUCGUGACCAAGCUCCUGAAACUAUGGAUAAUAAACCUCGUAUUCAUGAAAUUAUUUAUGUUUUCAAAAAACUAGUUUGCGCAAAUAAGGUACAUAGCGUUACAUUGCAAUUUUUCGUUGGGUUACGGUGGUUGUUCAUCGGACAUGAUUAGUUUUUGUUACAAUUAUUAUUCAUACUUUGAGAUACAUUGGUUUGUAGUAUAUCAACUAAAACGAUGUUCAUGGUUUCAGGAGCUUUGUCAAAAUUUUCGUAAUUUCUCAUCACGUUGCUGUGAUAUUUUAUUCAUUAGUAUCGGAUUUUUCUAGCAGAGCAGCGCUAUUUAUGUUUAUGAUUUCAGGGUUUUAGUCACGAUAUUCGUAAUUUAUAUUCACGUUUUCGUGAUAUUAUAUUCACGAGUUUCGUGUUGGCUUUUGCUGGCAGAGUUGUAUGACUUAUAUUCAUAAUUUCAAGAUCCACGAUUUCCGUAAUUUCUAUUCACGUUAUCGUGAUAUUUUAGUCCAAAGUAGAGUGAUUUGUGUUUUUGAUUUCAGGAUCAAAGUCACGAUUAUUAAUGUUUUAAUCCCGAGUAGUUUAAUUUAUGUUCAUUGUUUCAGGAUCUUAGUCACGUUUUUCGUAACUUUAACACGUUACCGUGAUAUUUUAUUCUUGAGCUCACGUUCCAAUUUCACACGGUGAGUAAUGUGACUCAUGUUCAUGUUUAAUUAAUAUCGAUUUUUUUACUCGGAAUAACGUGACAAUACGAUUUGGUUCAUAAAGGCGUAACUGAUUAGCUAUAUCUCAUUUUGUGAACUACAUCACGAACACGAUUUGUGGCUCUAUCAUAUUUUUUUGGUGCUCAGCGCAGUUUGCGUUUUCCGUUCACACGUAGCCUUAUCAAAUGAAUAAUGAUGUUCGUGAUCCUAAUAAUUUUCUUACAUCUGCUGCUCGCACCUGUAGGCUGGACAUAAUUAUGAUAUUUCAAUGCAAAACGCAACGUUUGUGAAAUAGUUCACGUAAAAAUAUCAGUAUUAUGCGCAGAGUUGCAUGAAAUUGAAAUCUUCUAAAUAUCACUCAAGACAGAUUGUGAUUCACGUACUACGAGUCAUGAACCUGUGCACGAAUCCAUGAAUAAUAGUUUUUGAUUUUGUGAACUAUUUCACGAGCACAUAUGGUCAGAUGUGACUAUUAUAUUAGGUAUCAUGAAUCAGUUCACGUUCCUAUGAAAAAGCUUUCAUGAUUUUGGAAACUAUUUCACGAGGACGUACGGUCAGUUGCUAGGAAUCAUAAAACAGUUCACAUAUACAUGAAUAUUUUUCCAUUUUGUGAGCUAUUGCACGAGCUCGAAUUGUAAAUCGUAGCUAUUACACUAGGAAUCUUCAAUUAUUUCACGAAGACAAGAAAUUAUUUCAUGAUAUUGUGCUAUUUCAUGAGCAUGAACGCUAAGUUGUGACUAAUUCGUUAGAAAUUAGCCGCCAAUCGUGAGUUGUAGAUUCGUAAAUUCAGUUGACGCUAGGUUUUUGAAGACAACAGACGGAGAAUCUAUUCAGCAUACUUCAUAUCAAGACUAGUAUACUGAGAAGAUAAUUUUUACAAUCUGUGACCUGGUUGAUGGAUUGGUGAUUACGGUGCAUACCAUUAGAUUUUUUUAUUUCUAUUAUAGAGGUUUUAGGUUCGGGACCGAGUUCAGUUGAGCUGUGUAUAGAGCAAUUGAUUUACUACGCUACGCGGUUCCUGUCAUUAGAUUUUAUUCACCAGUCCCAAUGCCGUCAUGGCAUUUUUUUGCAUAAAGAAGUAAACACAGGUACUUUUAUGAUCUGUUGCUGUUAAAGGUUUUCAUCGACUCGUUUUGCUACCGGUUUUACCAUUUGCUACUAGUAGCAUCCUGCCAUGCAUCGAGAAAAUAUAGGUGACAUCAUUUUUAUUUUCCUAUCGCUUGACUUGCCUUUCUCUUUCUUUUAUGUAUUUUCCUUCACACUCUUAAAGUUUUCCCUUUGUCUAAAAUGGAUGUCGAACAAAAUUCGUCUUCGAAAACUCUAACUUCCUAUUAUAAAUCAUAGAAAUUGAAUCAGUUAGACCCUAUCUGAUCUUUUCUCGAAUCAAAUGUAAUCCACUAAAUUAUUCUAAUGAUUUCAUUCGAAUAUGCAGCUCAGACGGAUAUCUCGAAAGUUUUCGUAGAUAAGCUCAGCAUUGUAAUAUCCUAUCAAAAGUAAACAAAUGACACAACUGUCGACAAGUAUUUCAUAAAGGACUGUCGCAUUUAUAUGUCCGCCCACAAAGUUAAGAUCGACAGAGCGGUCACCGAUUUGAGUUUGUCAGGCGUAGAUGUACUGAAGCACGGGACAUGCUGUUUCAAAUACCCUUUUAUCCAGUGAGCGAAGAUUUUGUAUGGCAAAGGUUCGGUGUGACAAGCGCGCUGAGAAUUUUUUGGAUGACUCUUACUUAGAAAUAAUGUAAAGCCUACAUAUUUUGGGAAGAGUUCACAUGAUAUAUUGCCAUUACCCACGAGCAAAAACGUUCCCUCAAAAGACGCUCUAAGCACUCUUUUACAGAAGGUAUAUGAAAUAUGCUGUCUUGGCUCAGAAAGAGUGCGACUCUGACAUCCCUCUUGUGGGUAUAAUACUAUAAAAACUAAAUAUAAUACCAUAAAUACACCAUAGCAUUAAUUUUUAAGGUAAUGAGUAUAUAAUUGCGAAAAAAUGGAGGGCAAUAAGGGGAAACAGAAUUUAAUUCACUUUUUCUUGCAACGGUCUAUUUACUUGAGAGAAACAUUUUCAUGGGAUUUUGAUUUCAGCAUCGUAGUAACAGUAAUAUACAGGAAAGAGAGGAUGAACAGCGAUGACAGAGAAGCAACGAAUCAAGCUUGUAGUUUACUGCAGAUCGUCGACGGUACAACUAAGACAAGACAGCAAGCAGCAGGACGUCUUGUGGUCCUCGUCGGAACCAUGGAGAAUCUGCAAAGUGGGUCAGAUCUUCAGGUCGUUUCGGCUCCAAUUUUAAUUUAUGCCAGCACAAAAAUGAGAAUGAAGACAAUCACGUCGUAGCACUCUGACGCGAUUUGGCGCCACAAAGCAGUACAAGAGGCGUUUGAGAUCGAGAAAAGUACAAAGAGAGAUGCUAAAUUCUUAUAUUGAUUGAUUUUAGGAAGAGAUGAGGGACAUAUACGAAAGAUAGCGGCUUGCCAUAACAUCCUUCACCUAGACGUUGGAUGGUCUUCCUCGAACCCGGAGGGUAUCCGUUAGCCGAGACCUGGCGGAACUGUACUCGGUGCACGCCGGACAUAUGCUUUUCCGACAAGUUCAGUAGAAAGUUGUAUAAAGUCGCUGAAAGACCAUGUUGAUGCAGCUUCUCUGGCAGAAUGCUAAUUGCAACUGAAUCAAAAUCCCCCUUUAUAUCUAAGAACACUAAUGCCGUCUGUUAUUUGCUAGCAUAAGCCAUUUGAAUUUUAGUUGAGCGUAACACGAGGCAAUCAUUCGCCCUUUGUCUUUGCGGAAGCCGAAUUGUGUAUCUGACAGAAAAUCAUUUAUUUCGACCUAAUUGUCGAUACGGAAAAUAAUCAUUUACUCUAACAGCUUCCGAGUACAGCAGAGCAUUGCAAUUGGUCGAUACAAGAUGUGGUCGGAGGCUGGUUUUCCUGGUUUUUGAAUGACGAUGACUCUCACUUGCCUCCAAUCGUGUAGGACAAUGUUACCCGCAUGAAACGUGAAUAAAUUCAGCAUGCGUAUCUUACCAGAGUCUGGCUGAUUCUUCAACAAGUUGAAUUUUAUUCUGUCUGGCGCUGACGCUUAAUUGUUACAUAAUAAGAGAAUGAGUGAGAACUCCACCAUCUAAAAAGGUGUUUCGUUCUCGGUAUCGACGCGAUAGAUCUUCUGUGCCGAGGAGGAAUCUGGACAAACCUUCUUGGUGAAAUUGAAUAUCCAACGGUUUGAAUAUUCCACGCUUCGCUAGUACUGUUUCGGUUUCGCAUACGUCGGGUAGUGCUCCAAAGAAUACUCAUCGAUGUUUUCCUCUUAAAUCUGUCAACAAACUGGUGCCGGUAACUUGGUGUUUGGGCUUUCAUCAAACUCCUAAUUCACGUUCUAACAUCGCGUGCUGCCGAUAGCUAGCGGGCAACCCGUCAUCCCAGAAGGUUUGAUACGCGACAGUCUUCUCCGUGUAUACGCAUGAGCACUCUUUUUUCCACCAUAGGUUGGGAACUCAUCUGCGAGUUUUUGCACCUGGUACGCGUUCCGUCUGAGCUGGAAUCGCGGUUUCGAGAAUUAAGCCAGCCGAAAACCCGUACUCUUUCUCCGGAAGACGCUCUUGUGUGGACUCGGUUUUACCGGAUAACGUGGACACGUAGCUCUUCCAAUCAAUAUUUCGAAUGAGGUCAUACGAAAUAUUCAUUGUAUUUGGUGGCCCUGAUCAAAAUAGUCAUACGGAAUAUGUCACAAAGAUCAUAGAGUGAGGUAAAUCGAUUAUCAUGAUGAAGGCCAUUCCAUGCCGCACCGUGGGAGUUAAAUCCACCUGAAACUAAGCUCGAUGCGGAGAGACGCUUCACAAUAAUGCAAAGUCGUUGGUGGCCAACUGAGGAUCUAGGAGGCAUGUAGGUGGAAGCAUUGCAAAAGUUUUUGCCUUUAAUUAUAGUUUGUCAGACGCCCGCCUAUACGAUCGCAUCUGAAUCAACCAGACCAAACGUGGACCCUCUGCCACAUCUUCGCCGGCUAAUGAAGACGUUUUCCUCGGCCCUCACCCGUCAACUAUAAUCAAUCCCACCGCUAGCGGAACGCAACCGACUGAGGGCCUUCGCCGGGUGGAGAGGUCUUCCACGGCCCAGAUCAACCAAGACCGAACCCCUGCCAUGCCACGCAACGUCAAUGGAGAUGGUGCCCAUAGCCCCGCAUGACCACCAUAAAUCGAAACACGACUGAUUCAGUCAAGACCGCACCCUCGAAAGCAUCUCAACAGAAGCACACCACAAUCACGCUACCUGUGGACCCACUGCCACACGCUUGCGGUGCUGGAGUAGUCGCCCAUGGCUCUUAGUACCAGCGGGGUGCCCAUGGCCCAGCAAGACCACGAUAAACCGUAAUUCUCUUCCAGCAAAUCCUCAUGAACUACCAACACGGCCAAGAUCAGUCUAGACCAAACCCUCGAGACACACCACAACCACACUAUCAACGGAUCCUCUGCCAUAUCAUUGCGAUGUUGAAGAGUUCGCCCAGCCCCUUUGGAUCAGCGGUUCGCCUGCAGCCAGCCUGCCCACCUAUUGAAGCGACGAGCCAACCUGGAACAACCACAGUCACCACCGAAGUGAAAACCAACUAACCAUGCGUCCUCGGCCACACCCCGGCCGGGUGCUAGAGACGUCUCCCGCGACCUCGUUCAACCGAAUAGCCAAGACAAGAGCAAAUAUCCCAAAAACCAAAGAAAAUCUAAAUUUUGGACUGUAAAAUUAAAUGUAACUAUUACCAUUGGCGAUUGGCUGAAAGGCUAAAAUCCCAAUAAACAAUAAUAAUAAUAAUAAUAAUAGUUGUUCAAAAACGAAACUCAGGAGAGGUUCAUCAGAGUCACGUUCGUCAGUAGACAAGUUAGUACAGAUAUUCGUAGUGGCCGGUGGUGUAGGUACACUUCUGUUUCUCCUAGCGCUGUUUGUGCGCUAAGGAGAACAUGUGGAUUUCCCCCACAGUAGAGACACUUCAAAAUCUCUUCCACAGGUAUCAUCAACAUGAUUCCCAAUCGUAUUUCCACAGCGAACCCUUUUGAAAUGGCUACGUAUCCAAAUUAUUUGCAAAUAGUAAAGUUCAUUAUACGCAUCACAAAAAAGCAAACAGGUAGACGAUCCUUGACAAAGAGAAGGUAGUUAGAUAAAGUAGGCCAUGCGAAGAUUUUUCGAUAAGAGUCUGAGUUGAUAUAUCGUCGCUGUUGUGCUAUCUUAUGACAAGCGCCAUUAGGCACAUUUCGAGAAAAACGAUUUUUAAAGUUUGAAAUUGAAUAUCUUCAAACUUAUAAAUGAUAGAAACACUUCAUGUAAGACAAUUGAUGCCUCUAUCUAUUCUGUAUUAAUGUCUCAAAUAUUACGAAGAUCGGUUGACUAUGUUGCGAGUUGUUACUGAAAAUGUAAACAAAAGUCGCAAUCAUACGUGUCAUAGGUGUGUAUUGAUGACAAAAUUUGUAUGGCGUGUCAUAAUCGUGCAUGGAAAAUUUUCCAUUGAAAAAAAUCAUCAAUUAUUAACUUUUAUUCAUAUCUUUGGCUUCAUUUGGUCUAUGAACAAUCGGAAAGAUGCAUUUUGAAGGAAAUGAGUCGGGUAAUCUAGAAAAAAAUAGUUGUUUAAGGUUAUAGUGUUGCCAAAUAUGCUAUAUUUUCAGUUGUAAAGUUAAACUGCAUCUUUUUCACAAUUCGUGUGUUUUGUUUUGAAAAUGAUUAUGCCAUUCUGUUUCUCAGACAGUUUUACAUAGAAAAACAUCUUAUACAUCAAGAUAGCAUGCGCCAAACCCCAAUCACAGUCAUUUUAAACAAAAAUCAUAGAAUAUUUCAGUACGUUUCUCACUAUAUCUUAGUACCCAAGCAAAAUGUCAAAAUUCUGAAAACGCCACUUUGAAGAGAUUUUUCAGAUAAGUAAUGUUGCAUAUCUAAUUCAGUUUACCCCAAAAUGGCGUUUGUCAUAAGAUAGCACAACAGCGACGAUAUGUCCUCUUCCCAUAAGCUGCGACAGAUGCUGAAUGCAAACGUUUGCAUGGAGUCUUUAAAACAGCCAUCCCCGUGUCAGCAGAUCCGCGCAAUCUAGACUGGAAUCGGUAAAAACCCCUCAGACUUCAACCUAAUUUGUUGGUACAUAUACUCUGUGCUCCUUCGAAAUAAAUAAAAAAUAAAUGGUUCUAACUGACUUCUCUGAGAAAUCCCGACUUUUCUUAAAUUAAGUUAAGAAUUAGAUGCGGAUUUUUUUAAAACCCAAACCUUUGCGAAGCCUGCCUUCUUGGUACUUCGUUUCUGGUUCAAACCAUACCGAUCGAGAGCAAGUGCAAAUCGCUUGAACAAUAAAAGCGAAACAGCCCACAGUUCAAGUGGCGAAAGAGCCAUACUUGCAGAUAUUCAUGAAUGAUGUUGUACACAGCACGUCAUAUGCUUUAGAGCGCCUUGACAGAUUUAAAUUUUUAUUACUUUUCAUGACAGAUGUUAACUGUAAACUGCAAAAUGUAUGAAAAUAUAAAAUACGACCUCAUCGCAGCAACCAACGGCAGUCGCGAACGCUCUUUUACGGCAAAGCCUAUGUUAUACCGAAACAAGAUGAAAAUAUUAACCGCCACCUUCGAAUCACACACAUUCCGAUAUGUAAAAUGCUAAGCCGUAAGCACCUCUUGCAAACAUACUAUCCCACUCUAUCCGCUGUUCAUUUUUCCAACCCGGUAUUCUCCCGAACCUGGCGAACGACGGCAAGGCACGGAACCAUCGACUGCCUUCGCUUGUGGAGGAAAAGCCAACAUCAGAGGAUUCACUCCGUGAGCUUCUGCUAAGACCUAAAUUUAUGACAUCGAGUGUCAGCAUAAAUAAAGUAAGAUUAUAACGCGAACGGAUUCCCCUGCUGCCGGACUCAGCUUUUCCAGCUGGAGUAUAUCCUUGGUCCGCUCUUGGUGGGUGUCUCUUAUAAAUGCUGUUUGGAUUUAGCUGAACGAUUCCCCGAUGAACAACAGCCCGACUAGCCGUCGGACUGGAUGGGGUUGCGGAAAAGUAGAGUGAGCUUUUCAAUGUGUAGGCUUUGUUCACCCGGCGACCGGAAGAAAGCUUCUCGCGUUCUAUACCCGGAACCCCGAUGGCAUUGUCUUACACGGCUAUUGCCCCUCACCCCGAAGCACUUGGUGAGAAGUGAAUUAACUGUCUGCAUCAAGGACAGAAAUCUCGAAUAAAUCACAACUCUGCGAUCUAGGGUGUAUGGAGAAUAAUCUACCGCUACUGCUGUGAGAAUACUAAUGAUUAUAUCGGAAAAACUUUCCGCUCGACAGACUCUCCGGUAUAGAUAAACUUUUCGGCAUAGAUUCAACAUCUAGCAGGGUUUGAUAUAGGAAUCGAUUGUUUGACACUUUUAAAUUUGUACGAAAAAGAUUAAAAGUUUUACGCCCCUGAGAGCUUAAUGGUUCGAUUAUAAUCUAUUUGGGAUUGUAAUAAGUAACAUUGGAACCAACGUUGCUCUCGUGCAGCUGGGGUUCGCGAUUUCGAAGCACUGAACCAAAAAAAGGUCAUGUUAUGGCUUGACACAGCAUUUUCUAAUAUAUAGUAAUCAUCACAAAUACAGAGCAAUGUAAGAAACGUUCAAAACCAAGAAACAAGUCGCAAUAUCAAUCAAAGUUUAAAUUUCUAUUGAACAGUUGAACAAAUAUCAAACCAAGUUACUCCAAUGCCAAACAUUGUUUUCGAAGAACAUACUAACUUAUUCAAUUUAUAGAAAGUGUGGAACAACAUUACCACAUCCACAUUCUAUUCAAGUGGAAGUUUUCUGUGCCAACUUGUUCUUAACUAUAAUUGAUUGAUUGGCAGAGCGUGCUGGCGUGACUGUGGGAUCCUUUCAAAUGUACAACAUGUAUUUUCAAGUUGAUAAUGAGCGGUAGGCAUCUACUAAACGGCAUUCCGCUCUACUUAUGAAGUUACACACAUGUCUCGGAGGAUCUCAGCAAUGGUAACAACUUUUAAUUAGAAAAAAAUGUUUCUACGCAAAUUGCAGCAAAAGGCAGCUGGAAAGGGUUGACUGCUCGUUACUCUACUGAAUGUUUCGUAAAUCUAGUUCAUAUUCGCGAAGAGCACAUUAGCACUUACCAUAUGAGCACAUUAUUGGCCGCCUAGCACAAUGAGUACAGUUAAGAGCACUAUUUCUACGCUAAUUACACAGAACACGCGUGAAGAGAAUUUUGAUAGCUCCAUGGAGGUACAAUGAAAAAAGACAAAAAUAGUUACCAUUCACACCAGUAUUUAAAAAAUCACACUGAAUUUCGCAGAAUCGAAACGUUUUGCUAGCGAUAUUGCAGAAUAAAUGUUAAUUUACGAUACCCAUUUUUAUUUUUCCCAUUCUUUGAUAUUAUCCGGCUUCUUCGAGCCAUUAUAUAUUGAUGACUUUCUGAUGUUGUCAAUUUUUAUCAAACGUUAGUAAUGAGCGAACAUGAUAUUAUUAUAGCACAGAAAAAAUACAAUAAAAAAUAAAACGGAAAUAAUGCGUCUCAGUAAGUUCUACAAUUCUUUUUUUGACUCCUUUCAAUUAUCUCUUUUUGUUUAGACGCAAAAUCAUUUUUAUCACAUCUUUUGCUCGCAUUCGAUUUCUACAUUUGUGGCGAGGUCAUGUUGUGUUAACUAUUGAAUAGCAGCCAAAAGAAAAGAGAUAUGGAUAAAGUGUGAAAUAACAAGUUAUAGAGCAUGUUAAGGGGCACCAAAUGAACAAUAGUAACAAUAAAUUUUGUUGAUUAAUAAUCAAAAUAGUUACAAAACUUCUCGACAAACGCCAAUUGUGAGCAAUUUUACCAGUAAAAAGUCAUUUAGUACCCUUAACUAAGAGAUAUUUGUACAUACAUUGAUAGAAAAUUUUCUCAGCUUUCCAAAGAAACCUUGGAAAUAAGGAUAUUAUGCAUUUUUUAGAUGACAGUCUUUUAAACACUUGUAAGUCGAUUUCAGAAAAAGUUUAGUAAUGAAAUUGCAAUGAAAUGAGAAGAGAUAGGAAUAUGAAGUUGAAGAACAAAUCAUGAAUCGUCCUAAUACCCAAUUUUUGAAUAACCUCCAUCAUAACACUAUUCAAUAGGAAUUUUUUUCACCUUUCGAAUGUAACUAAAAGAUUAAAAAUACAAAGUAAACUUUUUGUUUCAGAGGUAUUUUAAAACAAAUAAGUUUUUUACACAAAAAGUUCAAUAACUGCAACGGUUGAGCUUUGAUGGUAUGCGCAGAACAUUUUUUUUCUCCAAAUAUGACAGUCAAUCACACCUCGAGAGAUUCUAAUCAUGAACCAAACACCCUGUAACACCUAGACUAUCUUAACUCGUCGCUGUUGUGCUAUCUUAUGACAAAGGCAAUUUUGGGGUAACCUGAGUUAGAUAUGCCACAUUAGUUGUCUGAAAAAUAUCUACAAAGUGGCGUUUUCAUAAUUUUGAAAUUCUGCUUGGCCACUGAGAUAUAGCGAGAAACAUGAUGAGAAAUUGUGAGCUUUUUGCUUCAAAUCUUAGGAUUUGCUCAAGUUAUAUUGAAGUUUUAGAAGAGAAAAAGAAAGAAAAAUACAUGUAUUGGGAGAAAAAGCGAUUUUUUUCUUUUAAACUGGAAAUAUUGCAUGCUUGGUAACACUGUGAACAAAAAAUACUAUUUUUUCUAGAUUCCUUGACCAAUUUCCUCUUUAAAAUGCAUCUCAAUACAAUAGACCGAAGAUAUGAAUAAAAGUAAAAAAAAUGAUGCUUUAUUUGAAGGGAAAAUUUUCCAUGCACAAUUAUGACACACCAUACAAAUCAUCAAUACACACCUAUGACACGUGUGUAUGCGACUUUUGUUUAUAUUAUUAGCGAAAAUUCAGCAAGAAUAGAUAGAUGCAUAAAUUGUAUUCUCUGAAUAGUUUUUACCAUUUAUAACUUACGACAUAUUCAAUCUCAAACUUUAAAACUUUUUCUCGAAAUAUGCAAAAUGGCGCUUGUCAUAAGAUAGCACAACAGCGACGAACUAGGAAUAAAGUUCAAGGUACAUGGGGUAUUAAUCACUAAGACUAAAAAGGGGGCGGGGUGCUGAGUAACUAAAUAUAGUUCUAUAAAUACAAUUUUGUUUUAAUUUUUAAUUUAAUGGGUAUGUAAUUGGGAUUUAAUGGAGGGCAAUAACGGGGAAACAGGAUCAAAUUCAGAGGAGGGAGAAAUUUUCAUAGGGAUUUGUUGUCAGCAUCGGAGACACAGCAAUAUACAGGGAAGAGAGAGUAGAGAGCGAUGACAGAGAAGAGACGAAUCAAGCUUGCAGUUUAUUGCAGAACGUCGACGGUACGACCUGUACGCCUGUACUGCUAAGACAAGCUGCCUGGGACGUCGGGUGGUUUUCGUCGGACCCGUGGGGAAUCCUCCUAACUGCGUCAGAUGUUCAGGUCGUUUCGGUUCCAAUUUUGAUUAACCCUCGAGAAGUCACGCAAAUGGCUCAUUGAACAAGCAGCCGCAGCUGCUCUAAGACGAUUUCGCUAGCUAGAUUUUUAGAACAGCGUGCACUCAUUGCACUAGCGCGACUGCCGGAAGGUUAAUGCCAGUACAAAGGUGAGAGUGAAGACAAUCACGUAGCAGCGCUCUGAUGCGAGUCGGCAUCACAAAGCAGCACAGGAGACUUCUGAGAACGAGAAAUCAGAAAGAGAGGCUAAAUUCCUAUAUUGAUUGAUUUUAGGAAGAAAUAGAUGAGGGACAUAUAGGGAAGAUCGCAGCUUCCCAAAUCAUCUCGAACCGGGACAUUGAGUGGUCUUCUUCAGGCCCCGAGGGUAGCCGUUAGCCGAGACCUGGCGGAACUGUACUCGGUGCACGCCCAGACAAUGUACUCGAUUUCGUGAUAGCGCAGAUACCAAUAUCGUCGAGCUCAAUACGCCGGAGAUGUGCAUCCAUCGUGAAAUGGUUUGUCGAGAGUUGGGACAUCACAUGAAUGAAGUCACGACCCACAUCCAUCCCCUUGAACCAAUGUUUGGUCGAUAUCUUAGGGACUAUCAACAAGUACCCUAUUGCUCCACGAAGUUUACCAACUUUCGAGCGUUCUCUGAUGAGUAAUAGUGAAAAACUCGUUAAAGAAAAUUGGUCUCUCAUAAAUGUCACCUUCCAAAGCACUCACCUUAGCUAAAGAGUCAAACCAAGGUAGUCUGGACAGGUUUAUCAGAUCCCGUAUUUACCCUUAAAAAUACUGGAAGUACUUUCCAUGUUUCAUCGAGCGAAUAGCGCUAAUAGAACUGAGGCUAUUCAAAACGAUGAAGUAAUUGUCUGCGGGUAAUGUAUCAAUGAUGAUAGUUCUGCGCCGUGAACUGAAGCAGGAUCACUGAGUUUGUAAGAAGUGGUAAACUUUUGAUUGAAGUACCAAAGCCAGUGGACCCUUCCAGAUUUGAUCCGUAGUAUAGAACAUCUUAGAG